AUGCGUUUCACCCUCUUCGCCGCUCUUGCCCUUGUUGGCACUGCUCUUGCCACCCCUCAGGCUAAGAUCGCUCCCGGCCAGCCUUGCAAGGCAGAUGGAAGCAUGGGAGUCUGCGACAGCGGUCUUUGCGUGCAAACCCCCGACCAGACCCAGGGUGUGUGCCAGUAA